UACAGGAGAGGAGAGAGAGGGAGAAGAGUGCGGCUGAAUGCGAACGACAUGUCGACAGUCAGCCUCUAAAGUGUUUUCUCGGUCGUUCCCUAAUUCUUUGGCGGUGGACUGAGUGAGUAUUAACCGCAUCCCUGCUCUGCUAAGCGUCGCUGUGUGGAUCAGAGAAGCUGGUGGGGAGAGACAGACAAUGGGGAAUGGAACUGGAUUGCGUUACUCUGCCAAGGAUUUUCAUACAUAGCCUGCAGAGAUGGCCAUCCACCAAGGCAAAAUCUAACAGGAGGCAUCCCAGUGAUGUCUCUGGACUCAGUAUUGAUCUCCUCUGUACUGGGGGUGGAUUCAGGCCCAGUGAGAAGCUGUGUAUUUCUUGGAUGAAAACAAAGACCCAAUGGGACUCUGAAUGGGUUGUAUUUUGUACUGUGAUCCAAUUUACCCAACACUAUUGUUGGCCUGUGUUUCUUGUGUGCCAUAAAUACUCCAAACACUUUGAUAGACUGGUGAUUUUCUUUCCUAUCUUACAGCAAAUGCAAGGCAAAGACAUUUUCCCUUCUGUUCAUGCUUUUAUGAAUAUUCUAGGAACAAGUACUGCAGCAGUGUGGUGAAGGGCCAAUGUCAGGCUGUAGCCCCAGGCUGCUGAGCUGAGAGGGUGAAGCGGGAGGAUGCAGUGGGUCACUCUGGCAGUGGUCCUGGGGUGUGUGUGUCUGUCCCAUGCAUCGCACACCCCCACCCCUACCCCCACCUCCACACACACCCCUCUGGUGGACAACUCCGAGGAGGAAGUGGACGAGUCAUGCUUUGAGCCGUGUACGUGUGAGGUCAAGGAAGGCGUGCUGCACGUGCACUGUGAUGGGCGGGGUUUCACUAAUGUCAGCCAGGUGUCACAGUCAUGGGUCCGCCCUUUCAAACUCAACCUCCAGAGGAACUCUCUGAGGCGUCUCUAUAGCAACGGGUUUCUGCACCUUGGCAACGCAGUGUCAAUAAACCUUGGAAACAAUGCGCUUCAAGACAUCCGAGUGGGAGCGUUCCACGGGCUGGCCAAACUCCGACGCCUGUACCUCCAUGAGAACAAGCUGGAGGUCUUCAGAAAUGACACCUUUGCUGGCUUAGAGGCUCUAGAAUAUCUCCAGGCUGACUACAAUGUGAUAAAACGAAUUGAUAGCGGUGCACUGAGGUUCCUCUACAAGCUCAGAGUUCUCAUCCUCAAUGACAACCUGAUCCCUGUCUUGCCUGCGCAUCUGUUCAGAUCUGUGUCUCUGACUCAUCUGGACCUGCGGGGAAACCGUCUGAAGAGCCUGGCAUAUGCUGGGACCCUGGAGUAUGUUGGCCGUUCCCUGAUGGAGCUACAGCUAGAGGAGAAUCCCUGGAACUGUGGCUGCGAGGCAGUGCAGCUACAGCAGUGGCUGGGUCAGAUCCCCUACACAGCUGUAGUUGGGGAUGUUACCUGUGAAUAUCCCUUCCACCUUCACGGCAAGGACCUGAGAGAAAUUCCCCGGAAGGAGCUGUGUGCUGACCUGCCAGAUAAAGAGCUACAAGGUGGUCCAUCAGCAGGAUCCCAGCCCCAACAUUUGCCCCCUAACUCUAAACCCAACUUGCAUCCCGGGCGCGUCAGGCCAACUAAACCCUCCUCCAUGGUCCAUGGCUCUCGCCAAAACACUCACACCUCCUCUACUUCGUCCUCUUCUUCCUCAGCAGAGCGCAAAGACAAGGAGAGGCACCCAAGACCGACUAAAAGGCCUCGACCCUCCAAAACAUCCCCCACGCCUCGCAGUCUGAUGCCCAAUCAGAAUCCCCCUGUGGCUGGCUACCAAACACGACCCCCAAUCCCCAUCAUAUGUCCCCUGGGCUGCACUUGCAAUCUGCACAUCACAGACCUGGGUCUGACCGUCAACUGCAAGGAGAACGGCUUCCUCAAUGUGUCCCAGCUAACACCUCGGCCCCUCAACGGCCGCAAACUCUACCUGAGUGGAAAUUUAAUUCAGAGGAUCUACCGCACAGACUUCUGGAAUUUCUCCAGUCUUGACUUGCUUCACCUGGGGAACAAUCGCAUAUCCUACCUCCAGGAGGGGGCCUUCUCCAGUUUGACAAGCCUGAGGAGCCUCUACCUUAAUGGGAACAACCUGGAGAGGCUCAGCCCCCACAUGUUUUUAGGGUUGCAGAACCUAAGGUAUCUUUAUUUUGAGUACAACGAGAUCCAUGAGAUAGAUCCAGGGACAUUUGAUUCCAUGCCAUCCCUCCAGCUGUUGUUCCUCAACGCCAACCUGCUGCGGAGCCUCCCUCUUGGUGUGUUUUCGGGAGUUAAUCUGGCUCGCCUCAAUCUGAGAAACAACCACCUCCUGCAGCUCCCUACGGAGGGCGUGCUGGAGCACCUCACCGGGCUGGUACAGGUGGACCUGCAGCAGAACCCGUGGGAGUGCAACUGCGAUGCAGCUCCACUGAAGCGUUGGCUGGAGGGGCUCAGCGCGGUGGUGGUGGUAGGAGAGGUGGUCUGCCAUUCCCCAGAAAAGACCAAAGGUGUAGACCUGCGGUCCCUCUCUGUGGAGCUGCUCUGCCCUGAGCUGGAGCCCCAGGAGAACCAGGAGCAGGUGGAGCAGACAGCCACCUCCACAACUGCAGACACAGGUGUAUCGGUUGGCUACCCUGGCCCAGGGCUGGGCCCCGUGGUCCCUCCAGGGAAGGAUUCAAUCCCUUUGUCGGUGUUAGUGCUCAGCCUGCUAGUGUUGUUUGUCUGUGCAUUCUUCGUGGCGGCGGCACUAAUCGCCUACGCCCUGAGGAGGAGGGACAAGCUGCCUUUCCGUCGCCAGGGAGAGGUAGACUUGGCCGGCAUCCAGAUGGAGUGUGGAAUCUUCACUGAGCAGACGCACCACCACCAUCAUCACCAUGGCCUCCCUGAGACACCGCCCCUACCUCCUCCUGAGCACAACCAUGUCUAUGACACCAUCCUGCCCCCAGAGGCUGGGCCUAAAGGUCCCGGCCCUGCUGCAGCUUCACUCAUGUGUAGCAACCCCAUCUACAAAGAGGCGCAGGAUGCAGCAGUAAAACAGCGACCACAGCAGCAGCAGCAACAGACAUUUGCAGCUUCUAAAGAAACUGAGGAAGGAUACUGCUCUACGGCAGAGAAGGAGAGGGAGUGGACUCUGGAUGUGUCCUCAUCGCCCAUUAACACCGUUACAGGAGCAAUGGGACCUCUCGCUGGCCUUCAUGGGAAUGGCAUCCUCUGCCCCACAGUGAUCGACAGCCAGGGCCCCACCCCUAAAGUUGAACUGGUGGACUGCCUCUUCAGACUCCCUGCCCCCGAGUUCAGAGACCUGCCAGACAGGUACGCGAGGCCACCGCCUCGCUAUCCUCACCCUGAAGACUCCAAACAGGAUGCCAGACCUGACCAAACGCUCGUGGUCACCACCUCCAGCUCCACAGCAGGCGGUGCUAACAGCAGCCAGAGCGAACAGGGAGCAGGAGAGCAGAGAGCCAGACUGAGGACCACACCAGACUACAUGGAGGUGCUGGACCGCUCAUACCAGUUUUAACACUCCUCCUCUUGCUACCCCCCUUCUCUUGUCUUCUCAUCAUCUCCCUCUCUGGUGAUGAAUCAUCCAGUAACAGUGACUCCUGUACAGAGGCUGCCGUAGUUUUGAGAAGAUCCUGUGGGGGAGCGAGACUACACUACACACUGUUUAUUCCUGAAUAACAAGCUGAGGUCAGAUUUUGUAUUUUCCCCACUACUGGCAUAUAGGUUGGUAUUUGGCAAGGAUUAGAUGGUCCCUCUACCUGGAGGCAAAACCUCAGCUGCAGCUGCUCCAGUAUUUUUUCCUCUAUUACACUUCACAAUCGUAAAAUACUGAGGCUCCAUUUUUCUACAGUGACCAGGAGACAGUGUGGUGGUGCUGGUGGGCGUUAAUGUUCAUUUUAUCAAUCUCAAAAGACCCGUGUGGAGGUGAAACACACCAACUCUUUGCAACAUCAAACACACAGUCAUAAACUGUGAUAGAGGGAAGGUGUGGAAUGAGCUGGGCAAACACGUUAUGAUGGAGAAAAGACAGAGACAAAAUGAGAGGGAGAGCGAUGACUGAAAUCAGCCAAGUGCCUUAGCAAUGAACAGCCAGCAGUGUGGUCAAUGCUUAUUUUUGUAUGAAUACAGAUCUAUUUAUCUAAACAAAGAGGUUUGACUACCAACAGAUGGGACGCUGAUGGACGACAGAGACUAAAACCAAUCAAGGCGCAGAAUAAUUGCAUUCCCUGGAUGAGCCAAAAAUAAUAAUAUACCCAGUCAAUAUCGGAGUUAUUUGUAUGGAGUUCAGUUCAUUUUCAUCUCAUCCAGUUAACUUAAUUUGCUGGUCCAGUUGAAAUUUUACAGGGCUAGUGAGGGACUCGCAGUAUUCAUGAAGCGUUGGCUCUGUGUGAAAUUCUAAAAAAUGUUCUGGCUUUAUGGAGGAAAGUAUAGUAAUAUUUUUUGAAUGCAAGACAAAACAAAGAAGGGCCGACCUACAGAAGGACACUGUGGCAAUGGAUGCAUUUUGGAUUUCCUAAUCAGCCAGACUUAACGGGGCCAUGUGGACCUCUGCCCCAUGUUUAAUUUCAUCAGACAAAGGCACCCUGGUUAUUGCAUUGUUUUUUUUAAGUAUUCUCAAAGGGAAACUGAAUGACAAAAAAGCAAUGGACAAAAAAAAAGCAGAAUUUGAAGGCAUUUUUUUGACAAACAAAAAAGAGAGACAAAAGACAGACACUUCUAUCAGCUAUUAAUUAUUAUCUUUUCAGAGGUACCUUUUUAUGCUUUCAUCUCCUACCAAUAGUAGAGGCAGUUGUGAAUAUAUUUAUUCUUAGUUUUUGCGUGUUGAAGCUCUCCUGUAAGGGAUCAUGUUAUAUUAAUGUAUAGGAUGAUUCUGCAUCUGGUUCAGCCUUCUUACCGCCGACCCACAAAAUACAAUAA